AUGGCCUCUGUCACCACAAUCUUCCGCCUCUUCGCGCUGUCUGCAGCUUUGGGCCAGGCCUCUGCUAGCUUCAGCCUCAACGUUUCCGGUCCGAGUUGGGACUAUACGACCAAGGAUCUAGCGGAUACAACUUCACAGGCAUGCAAGGAUGCCUACAGCGCCAGCAUCGACUGUGACGAAACACUCCUUAAACUCGUCGCGUCCAUGGAUCCCGACUUUGAUCCGCAAGCUUCGGACUUGCAAGCUAUGUGCACCACGACAUGCAGCGAUUCGUUGACCCAGUAUAUCAAGAAGGUCAAUGCUGCUUGCGACGAAAAGGGCGAUCUCGCCGGUGUUGCUAGCGGGAAUAAGUAUAUUUAUCAAGCUCCCGUGGCUACGGUGGGCGAGGUUUUCCAGUACAAAUAUGGUCAAGCUUGUGCUAUGGAUGGCUCUGAUUACUGUUACCUGACCUAUCCCGAAAGCGAGGACUGGGCCAGAACCGAAUUCCCCUGCAGCGAUGGGUGUGCAAUCAAGUUCUACCAAAACGCACACGAGCACCCUGGCUCGGCAUAUUGGUUCGACUACUUUGCGCUUGGUAACCAGUCGUCAUACUGGGAGGAAACCUUUGCCGGUGGUUGGGAGACUGUCGUCUCAUGUGGCGAGGGUGGAAACGAUGUUAGCUCCGUUAGCACGGGGGCAGGUUCGACGAAGACCGAUACCGUGGAGGCUUCAUCGUCGACUAGCUCGAGCAGCAUUAGCUCGACUGGAGCAACCUCUACGGCCUCGACGCACGUUGCUGCAACGACAACUGCCGCCACUGUUUCGUCUACUGCUACCAGUGGUGCUGGAAGGCUUAGAGCUCCCGUCGUUUUCAGACUCUGGGCAUGA